AUGAUCGAAGGCGAAGAUCUACUCCUCUGCCCGACCUGCGGCACUCAAUUCGAUACACCCGCAUCCAAUCCACCAUCAGGCUACUGCAGAAUCUGUGAUGAUCCUAGACAAUACAUUCCUGCCAGCGGACAAGCGUGGACAAGUCUGAAAGCCGAAGCAGGAAAGCACGAGACUAAGUGGAAGCAAGAUGAGCAGAACGAGCGUAUUUGGUCCGUCUGGGCGGAACCAAAGCUCGGCAUCGGCCAACGAGCCCUCCUCCUCCAAACCUCUCACGGCAACAUCCUCUGGGACUGCAUAGCCUACCUCGACCAACCUCUCAUUGAAUUCAUCAACUCUCUAGGCGGCCUAACAGCGAUAGUGAUAUCUCAUCCCCACUUCUACACCACACACGUCUCUUGGGCAUCCACUUUCAAUUGUCCCGUCUACGUCCACUCCCUCGAUAAACAAUGGCUGUGCCGUACGCCUCUUCCAUCCAUAAAGAGAGUGUUGCUGCAAAAACAAUACGAGAAGAUUGUCGAGGGCGUCACUGCUAUACAGGUAGGAGGACAUUUUGAGGGCAGUAUGGUCUUGCAUUGGGAUAACCAUUUGUUCAUUGCGGAUACGUUUGUCAAUGUACCUUCGGGUUUCUAUCGCAAAGACCGACCCAAAGGCACGACUUCAUUCUCUUUCAUGUGGAGCAUCCCAAACAUGAUCCCUCUGCCUCCAGACACAAUCCACAACAUGUGGAAAGCAGUCAAACCAUACGAAUUUACAGCCACUCAUGGUCUGUUCACUGGCUGGGAUAUCAGAGAUGAGAAUGUGAAGAAGAGCGUACUCGAGAGCAUGAAGAUCCAGGUCAUAAAUCAAGGGUUUGCCGAGCAUACGCUGUUGGACGAGGAAUGA